CCCGCUGUUGUCAGUCAGUCUGGCGGCAGCCUUCCUGGAGAGUGGGUGUAUUGUGCGUUGUGUGCAGCGGUAGACAUGUGAUACAAUAACAUCACAGGCCAUUAACAACAGUGUGCGGGUCUGAAAGUUGUAAGCCAGAAAACACGACCACCACCACCACACCACCAUUACUACUACUACUACUACUACUACUACUACUACUACUACUACUACUGCUGCUACUGCUACUGCUACUGCUGCUGCCUGACUCACGAACUGCUGGGCCCGGGCGAAGUACUCAGAAACACGAGGAAAAGGUAGAAAACAGAUUACGAGACGGUUUCACGUGUAUUGCCAAGUCGAAAAGGGAACCAUGGCUGUCUGUAGCGUCCAUAGCAGUGGUAGUAGUGUUGAUACCCGGAACCACCACCAUCCUGAGUGAACUACUACUAUUACUAACGCUACUGCUGCUACUACCACUGCCACACGCACGUCUCGCCACUCCAGUCCGUGGCGAUUGCGUGUGCGUGUGAGUGUGUUAGUGACCGUGUAUACGUGUAGCUGUCCGCGUGUACGUGGUAAAUAUACGUACACAAGUGUCUAUGUGCGUGUUUGAGAGGGUGCGGCGGUCUUCGAAGCUGACGUGAGGCGUUUGGUAUACACACACACACACACACACACACACACACACACACACACACACACACACACACGUUUAGUCAGUGCUUGCCUACCAUUAAAUAAAAUCUCUGCGCCGAAUUAAAGCCCAAAUCACUUGUAAAAAUCGCCCAACUCUCGCAAGCAUCCAGAAAAACAGCCCAAAAACAACAAAAAUACCCCAAAAUCUAGCCCAACCCCUGGAAACAAAGUAGCCCAACGUAAGCCAGCAGGAUGAAUGGAAUUAUGGGAAGGAAGAAGAAGUACAGGUUCCAGGUGGACUUGAGGGUGGAGGAGCUGCAGCACGUGCCCUUCGUUAACCAGGUGUUGUUUGCCAAGGUGCGACUACACGAGGGAAACAUGACUCAUUAUUCGCCCAGAAUGAUGGUGGCGGAACAUGCAGUGAGAUGGGACAGCCGCUUCACCUUCACUUGUAAGAUGACGGCCAACGCGUCCACGGGGGAGCUGGACUCGUGCAUGUGUCGCGUCUCCGUCAGGCAGGAGAUGCGAGGAGGCAAAGCAUUCCAGAAACUCGGGUAUGCAGACGUUAAUCUGGCAGAGUUUGCCGGCUCGGGCGGGUCCCAGCGGUAUCUCCUAGAGGCUUACGACUCAAAGACACGUCUGCACAACUCUAUGCUGAAGGUGACGGUUGAGAUGACGCUGCUAUCCGGGGACCCCUGCUUCAAAGCGCCAACGCCAGUCAUAUACAAAAAAAUGAGACGCAAUAGCACAACACUCUUCAUCACACUCACCCUCAACCUCGACACACCCCCGGAGGUGACACGCCGUAACACUUACAGGCAGCCUUUGAGAGGCACUCGCUACCAGCCAUCCGUGGAGGCUUCAGGGGAGGAGGAGCCCGCCGGAAGACCCACCUCAGGCUCCCUCGCCUCACUCACAUCAUCUGGCUAUGAUUCCCUCAAGAAAAAGGUUCAUGAAGUGUUUGGGGAAGGGGAGGAAGGCGAGGCUGGAUUAGCGGGGGAGGUUCCAGGACAUUCCAGAAACUCCUCCAACACCUCACAUGGCUCCCAUGCCUCUGGUUAUGCCUCCAUCAACUCCCAGUCCGAGGUGUCUGGCCACAUGAGACAGAGGGUGCCAACAUUCACCUUGUGGACACCUGAGUGCAUCCAUCCUGCCUCGCAGUCGCCCACCUUCACUGUCUACACCAAUAACUCUCCAGACUCACCCCACCUGCACCCUGGGUACACCCAUCGACCAAAGGGUCUUGUGCCUCACCCUGCUAAACCCACAGCACGCUUUCACCUGCUUAACCCUGAUUGCCCAUCCUGUGUCAGCGCUCCAUCACCCUGCCCCCCCAAAGGCAACCUGCUGCGUAAACCUGAUCUCUAUAGACUGCUGGGAGGCUCAACACGCUCCCUGGGGUCUUUGUCCUCCUCCAGCACCACGCGGGGGGGAUCAAUAUCAAGUGGGGAGGAUUCAAAUAAGUCGUUCCCAUUGACUGUAGAGGAGCUACAGUAUGCCAUCACUGCUGCCUUGAAUGCCUGCAAUGAUACCUCUAACUUGCAUGGCCCUGCCUCAGACUCUUUAAAGAAUGCAAGGAACAGCAGUGCAGGAUCUGGUGGAUUGAGUGAGGGAGGAGGAUCUCUGGAACGUGCAGCAGCUGGGAGGAGCAAGGCAGCAAGCAUCAGCACAACACAAGGAGAGGCCAAUAAGGAGUCUCGUGUUGAUGCCACCAGGAUCGAUGCGAAUGACAUCAUUGAUAAGCUUUUUGAGGACACCAAUAUUGAGUCUCUGAGACCUGAUGACUCUGCUGAAACAUCAGGCCUGCAACUGUUCAUCGGGCGGGACGGCACUGCAGCCUUGGGGGGCAGGACACUCAGCGUUGCGGGGGAGUUCAAGCCAGUCGUGUUUGAAAAGAGAUAGCACCAGCAACAGCCUGAAGGAGGCCCACAGCCCAGCCAACCACCACCACCUUCCCCUGGCCCAGCCACUCCCCUCCCCCAGGGACACACUUCCAGGCUGCACCACAGAUAGUCUCAGUACAGUGCAGGAUGAGAAGACACUGUUACUCUGUGGACAAGUUGUGGUUGGUGACAAACCAAAUUGAUAUGCAUGUUUGGCUGCAUUUCCCAUAUGUGGCAUGGACCGCAAGGAGUGCCCUUGUAGAGGCAUGGUAAAAAUUUAGCUGUGUUCUGUGACUUGGCAGCAAUUCAGGGGAAAGGAGUAGUGGUGAGUUGGUGGCACUUCACGACCAAGCCCUGUGAUGUUUGUUGGUGUUAUCUGUAUGUGUGUGUGUGAGUGGUGGCAGGAGCAGCUUGUGAUUUUUUGUAAUUCUCUAAUACAGUAAUAAUUGGUGUAACAGUUGUAAGAGAUGUAUUUAAGAUGAAUUUGAAAGGGAGAGAAGAGAAAGAGGAUGAUUCUCACAUUAUAGAGUUGAAAGCAUCAGUGGUCAGUGUCGGUCAUCCUUGCUCAGCUGUGUGUCUUUGGUGUUUUAGUCCGUCGAUGGCCCUUAAGAGGACCCUUGAUUGCCUUAUUGAUUCAUAAGGAGAGAGGGGAAGAGGGAGGCUGAAAUGGCUCAAGAAUAAAGACCUUCAAAUUUAGUGACUAAUUGCAGAAAGAAAGAGAAUAGGAUAAAAAGCUUGUGUUGUGAAGGUUUUUAUUUAUGAUUAUAGCUGUGAACCUCAUCAGAUGUCAGAAAUAUAUAUAAUUGACAAGGUAUUGCAUUAACUAAAGGUGACUCAUCAUCAGCUAUUUGUAAAAAAAACACUCUAAUAAAUAAUAAUCAUGUCUCAUGCAUUCAGCUGUAAAUAUCAUACUACAUAUUUUUACAUAGAAUUUUGUCAUAUACCUAAUUAUGUAUUUAUUAUGUGAUAUGAUUGCAAGUUACACCAAAAAAGUGCUAAGGUGCAGCACAAUGGGGGAGACUUUGACCCUUGCCAGGGUCUUUCAGAAAUAUAUAUUUAUGUAAAAAUUUUCUUCAAAUUUUUAACAAUUUAAUGUCAUGAAAUACUGCUAAUUCCAGUCAAGUACUAAAAGGAGGCAGACUAUAUAUAUAUAUAUAUAUAUAUAUAUAUAUAUAUAUAUAUAUAUAUAUAUAUAUAUAUAUAUAUAUAUAUAUAUAUAUAUAUAUAUAUAUAUAUAUAUAUAUAUAUAAUCUUUUAUAUGUAUUUUAUUCCAUACUAAGAGUGGCCAAUGAUGAGCAGUAUUUCAGAAGAUGUUGCCAGAUAUUCUUUCAACAUUGAUAUAGUUCAUCAGCAGCGAGGAAUCAUGACUCUUUGCCACGUCAGCUGAGCAUCAACAGCGUGCGCCUUUAUCCCAGUACAUUCUCAGAUGUAUCCUUGGCAGUGCACACACAGUCCAAGCAUAGAAGCAGUGUCCUGAACUAUCAUAGCCAGUUACUAUUACUUGUGUGUUUUUCCUCACUGUACCAAAUAAUCUUUGUGUAGUGUUCAUGAAAUGGAAACAGAUUCUUAUGAGAGAAUGAUUCCCACUUACUAUUACUGUGAUUUGCAUGAAAGUUCAUGAUAUCAUAUAAUGUAACUACUGGCCAGAAAUGAGUUCCACAAAUUUGGUUCAGGGCUAUUAUAAAUGUGUUUUAUAGAAUGUAGCCCCCAAGUCCUCAGCAUUACAGGAAAGAACAGAUUCUGAACUACAUAUCUCUUCUCAGAAUUUUUUUCAUAAUCAUAACUGUGACUCUUGUGGUCUGUAUGAAGCUCAUUAACUGUGGUGUGAAUCAAGAAGCCUUCUGUGGUUUUCAUUAGGAAGAAGUGAUGCAGUUUUUUGCUCAGUUUUUGUAAAGCAGUGAAAACAGACUUGCCAGGCUGAUUGGUGUCUAUAUCUCCUGCAUGACUGUGCUCUGCCUGUACUUGGCUCGCUGGUGCAGUUUCAGGUGAAGUCAUUGUGUCCGUGCAUUGUCUUACAAGUACUAGUUGUGUCACCAGCCCUUUGAAUGCCAUGUGUUGUGUUUGACUAGAAAAUAAGAAUUUUGUUAUGGCUACUAACAUCUAUAAAAGCAGCUGAGAUUCUCUUGUUAGCACUAUUGAUUCAAUAGAUAAAACAUUCAUUGCCAUAAAAAGGAUUUUAUCAUAUUUUUGUUAGCAGUAAAUUUUACUGAAGGCAGCUUUGUGUGUUAGAUAAGAAUAGCACAUGUCAGUAAAGAGGCACCACAUUGCCACUAUGCAUACAGUGGUUUCAGAUGUGAUGAUUGAAGUGCAUGGACCAAAACCUGGAUUGACACAUGACAAAGGCCAAAACAGAAUGUCAUACAGGUUUUGUAUUUCAAUUGAAGAAGGUUACAAGAGUUCGUAGUUUUGUGUAAAGAUAGACAUUUCGAUUGCAUAGGUGAUUCAAAAUACCCCAACACUGCCCAUUUCACUCCCUCCUUGACUUCCUGUUCCCCUUUCCAGUUGCCUGCUUCUGAGUAUUUUUUCUAUCUCAUCUCAGUGUAGCUUACAGAAAAACUGAAAAAUGUAGAUAGAACCUGUGAACUACAGCGAUUCAAGUCCAGCUAACCUAGCAAGUCUGUGUUGUUAAAUGAACUGUUUCAAUUGUUGAUCUUAGCUAAUUCUUGAAAACAAUAAUUGUUGAACUCUAGCAAACUCAGUGAACCUUAAUUGUUAAAAUCUUGGUGACUUGUGAACACUCAAUUUUUAACCUAGUCAGACAGUCCUCACGGUGCUCAGUGGCUAGCCGUCAGUCAGUGCAUCAGCUGUGUCCGUGUGCCAGGCCAGGCUGCGGCCCCCAGACAGCCAAUGCGUCAAGUGGGACUGUCAGUCUUCCCGCAUUGUGUAUGUUUGUCUGGAAAUCAUCAUUACAUGCAGUGUCAUUUUGUCAUGAGUGGCAAGAUGCAUUUGCUCUACAUACUCAGUUCACAACAGUUGCUAUCACCAUGGAGUCUUUUAUUUAUUCAGUGAUUGUUUGUAUUAGAAAAGGAGACCGACCUAACCUGGAUCCAGCAAAACAGAGGAUCUGGUGUGGUAAAUCAUCCUGUUGUUGUCAGUUACUGCAAGUUGCUCUAGAUAAUCUCUCAGUGUGUCAUCAGCUUCCAGUCUUGUGAACAUCUGUGGAAUAGUACAAAUGAUGGUCUUUAUAUCACUGUAACAAGUAUUUGGAUAGUGUUGCUUUUUUUUUAUUUUUUUAUUUCCCCUUGUUAUGAAGUGAACAGAAAUCUUCAUACACUUGCUUAGAAAGAAAUUGCUCCUUUUGAAGCUGAGCAGGAAUAUCUUGUCAAGACUUGUUACUCUGUAAAUUGUUACAUUGACCACAUUUUGUCAUCCAUUGCAGCAGGUGUGGGUGGGUGGUGAGGUGGGUGUGUCCUUCCUCCCUCCCUCCUACAACCUGUGUCUCAGGGGCUGGGCAUCACCACCUCCAUUGCCAACACUACCACCUCCACCACCACCACCACCAGCACACAUUCCACAUCUCACCUACCAGUGUUACCAUUCAGAACUCUGUGUGUAGUUAUGUUUAUAAUUAUUUUUUUUGUAAAUACAUAGUACAUUAAUAAUUAAAUAUAACCAAAAAUGAA